AUGGACUCCGGCAACAGCAGGAGCCUCCAGUCGUCUAGCGGCGGCGACGACGAGUUCGACUCGCGGGGUGGAGGGGCGUCGACUCCUCCCGCUCUCCGCACUGCUCCGACCGUCUCCGUCUCCGUCCCCUCGGCCGCCGCGUUCUCGCUCCAUGGCUCCUACUUCGGCCUCCAAGAGUUGACGUCCGCGCCGCCUCCGCAGCAGCAGGCGGGUGCCUGGUCAUCGGGGUCGUUCCCCGGCGCCUCGGGGCUGUCCUCCUCGUCUCCGCGCAUCGGGCAACCCGACUCGGUCGCGGGCGAGCGCCAGCAGGCUGCUGACACGACCGUGGCGGCAGCGCAGGGGCAGGGGGCGGCGAUGGGCGGCGCGCCCGCGCCGGCGGCGCAGCCACCGAGGGGGUCGCGGAAGCGGACGCGCGCGUCGCGGCGGGCGCCCACGACGGUGCUCACUACCGACACCUCCAACUUCCGCGCCAUGGUGCAGGAGUUCACGGGCAUCCGUCCCCGCCCUUCGCCGCGGGCGUCGGGGGUCGGUUUCCCGCCCUUCACGACGACGACGUCGUCGUCCACGCCGUCCUCAUCCAACAUCGGCGUCGCCAAUGCCAAUGCCACGACGGGCACGGCCGCCACCGCAGCAGCACCGGCGUCCAACCCUGUCGUCGCGCCGACAGCGGCGGGCGACACCUUCCAGCAGCUGACGUCCUCGGCGCUUCUCCGGCUGCAGCAGGACCCCAGCAGCUACCUCUCCUUCCAGAACCUCCUCGACUCGCAGCCGUCGUCGCAGUCCAUUUUCGGCGCGGCGGCGGGCGGGUUUGGGCAGGCGUCGUCGAGGCUGCACGAUCCAGCGCCGUCGCCAUCGGAUUUCCUGGCCAGCGUCGGCGGCAGCGCCAGCCUCGGCCUCACCCACGGCGGACUCUUGGGCUCCGAGGGCCAGCACUUGCACCACUCAAGGAGCGACGACGUCCACGGCCACGGCGGCGACGAGCUGUCGGGCGUGGUCGCGGCCGGCGCUUCGGGCGGCAGCUGCAAGCUGAACUACUCCUCGCACGCCGCCGGCGCGGCCACCUCGUCAUCGGGCGCGGCCAGCGCCGACAAACCACCGGACGGCGUCGCUGGUGCUGCUGCCGGAAGGCCGGGACGAGGCGAGGGCCUGGAUCCGUGGAUUUGUACAUCGGAGUAG